UGCGCUUCGCACAUGCGUAUUUCUCGUCCCUGUCUUCUUAGUGAUUUUUUUGCGAUUUUACUUUUAUUCUUGCAUUUCUAGUCUAAAAUUAUAUCACAUGAUUGUAUUAUAUUUCUUAUGGCGCGAGUGACAAAUGUAUUUAUAACUUGAAGUGUUUGUUUUUUUUUUUAAAAAAAAAAAUGGGAGAACGCUCGCGAAGUUGUUCAGGAUAUUUGGAUUUGUAUGCGGACGAGGAUAAUGAAUCGACCGCGGCUCAAAUCUUGGAGCGUGUGCAGAACGACAGGGUGGCGGUCACCCGUCCAGACGAGGACAGACGGAGGAGGACCAUCAUCGUAGAAAGGAGGCCCGAGGACGGAAGCUACGGAUUCACUUUACAAAGCUACGGGAUACACUACAGGAGACAAAGGGAAGUAGAGAUGAUCACCUACGUCGACUACGUGGAGUACGACGGACCGGCUUACAAAGCAGGUAUGCGAGAGGGUGAUGUGAUUUUAUCAAUAAAUGGAACUGAUAUGGAAAAGGCUGAUCACAAAUCAUUGGUUGCUUUCAUCAAAAGCUGUGAGUCUAGGAUGAGAAUAGUUGUCCUAUUUGAAGACUGCGUCAGAAAGGUGGAGCUCCAUAUCAGAUACAUCCAACUCCAAGGAGUCCUUCAGAACAAAAUGGCAGAACUGGAUCGUCUGUGCGCUCGUGAAAGAGAAAUUGUGGAAGGAAAAUGGAAAACUCAUUCCCUCCCAGCACGAAAGAAAAAUUCCAAUCACAAUUCGUCCGUGGUUGAAAAUGGUUUGGUGGAAAAUGGAAGCUAUAGCAGGCCGGCCCUGUCUACGGAAGAUGUUGCUAAGAUUCCCCCAGUUACUUUGGCAUAUAGAUAUUUAGAUUCGGAUUAUAGAACGUAUGUGCUGAGACCUGGAAAUUCUGAGAACUUUAGUUCAUCGAGUGAUCAUCAACCUCGUACCAGGAGUGAACACAGGAAAUCAAGUCAAUCAUCUUCGACUCGAAGUUCUGCUGUUAUUGGAAGUGUUAAUAAAACUUGUAAUCCUUGCAGGCGAGAUACUAAAGAUGUUGAUGCUGAUGAAACUGCAAGUUUAGAAGCUUACGAUUUAGCUAGUUUGUGCUGCGAUGGAAGAUGUGUUCCUACAAGAAGAAAGCAUAGGCAUCAUCAUCAUUCUCACAAUCACAGACAUCAACAUAGACAAAAAGAUAAAGACAAAGUGAAUUCAGUAGAGCGUCCUCCACGACCAAAAUCUCAAGUGACAAUCACUAAACCCAGGCAUUUUCAUUUAGGAAACGGUCUGGUCAGUCAAUGCAGUUUGCACAGUUGUGCCUCUGUAGACACUUCAAGAUCAGGGCAUUCUUGCACAACAUCUUUAAGUACAGAUACAUUAUAUUCGGAACCUUUUAACCCAGCAGAUCCACCACCAGUACGACAUCAUUCUGUUAAAUCGCGACCAGGGUCUUGUCGUAGCAACAGGUAUAGUGUAGCCAAUCCUUCAAAUGCACCCGUCUAUACAACUACUCAUUAUGUGCAAGCAAAACCUUCAAAAUCUUGGGAUAACUUAACAGCUAAAGCUUUUGGUGGUUAUGGUUAUGGUUAUGGGUAUUUGGAUACAAUAAAACAGCAUAAAAGAGUCUUAGCUGAUAAAUGUCAUUCCCAUAACCAUAAUGGUGAACAUUACUUUUAUGAAAAUCGUUAUGUCCAUCCGACGAAAUCAACAGAGAGUCUUUUAGGCAACAGUUUCAAUCCAAAUGGAUCUUAUACCAGAAUAUCAUGCGAGUUUUUGGAUAAUCCCAGUUGUCAAAAUGGUUUGGUUGUCAUGCAAAGUGAUAAAGAGCCACAGAAAGAAUUUUAUUCCAUUGUACCAAGAUCUCAAGCUAAUAUUGCUACCAGCUCAGAGGUCACCAGACUAUAACAUUGGCAUUUAUAGUCAUUUUACAAGUGAGAUAUAUUAUUUUAGUAAAAUCCAAAAUUUUAACAUAUUAUUAAUCCUAAAAAUUUCUCAACAAUUAUAUGUUGGUGACAUGAUGCAGAUUAUUCAUUUUUUUAUAUAAUUGAUUAGUUAGUGUACUAUUUAUUAUUAAUAUUUUGGCUCAGCAGAGCAUGUAAGUCUUAAAAAUUGUCAUAAUUCUAUUUGAUAUUUUUAGAAUGAAAUGUUGCCAAAUUUUAUAACUGAAAAGACUUGUUUCGGCUUCAUAUUUAAUAUAUUAUUUUUUAUCUGUGACCAUUUAGAUACUUAAUACGAAUACAUAUAUAUGUUAUAGAUAUUAUAAUCACCCAAAGAUGUAAACGUCAGGUUUUAACCAAAUUGAAAAUAGGAAUAUUGUGAUAAAUAUAUUUAUAUAGAUAUUCAAAUGUACUAAACAUUUUAGAUAAGUUUACAUUCUUUA